AUGGAUUUCAUAUCAGAUGACAGUAGAUUUUUGAAUAAUGCUAAAAAAAUAUCGAGACAGGCAGAUAAAGUAUUGCUUCGUCAUCACCAACUCAUUGAACUUGAUUUAUGCUCUAAUAUAAAUAGGGAGGGUUUAUCAUAUUUUAGAAAUAGCUUUGCAGCUAGAAAUUCAAGAUCAGCGCUAGAAAGACUAAAAUUUGGAGAAUUUGAACCCACAAAUACACUAUUGAAACUUGGAGAUUUUUUUAUUUACACUACCCCGAACUUAAUCCAUAAAUUUUUACUACUAGAAAAGGAGUCUUUGUCCAAAGUCAUUAGAGAGGAAAGAGUUCUUCGUAAAAAAGAGGUGCAGAAAUUUUUAACUCUUUAUCCAGAUAUUUCUGACUUAGCUAUAGAAGAUAUUAAAUUCUUAGUUGAGGAUAUACAAGAAGAUAAAGAGAUUCCAGGAAAUAUUAGUAAUCUUAAUAGGUUUAUUUUUACCCCAAAUAUCGACUUUUCUAGCUUACAUAACCAUAACGGAAGGAAGAUUCAGGGAAUGAACUUUAAUCUAUUAGAUUAA